AUGCCACCUAAGCCAUCACAUACUAUUACUGGUCAAGAUCAUAAUAAUGCUAUUGAAAUAGAUUGGUCUAAAUGCAUGGGAUGUGGUAUGUGUGCUAUGAGAUGUAAUUAUGGAGUAUUACAUAAAUCUGGUCCAAAAAUUCCACCAACAGUUACUCCAAAUAGAGAGAAUGUUACUCAACCAAAUGACGAUAAAACACGUGUUCUUAUUGAUGAAUCAGAUUGUGUUGGAUGUGGACAAUGUUCAAGUGCCUGUAACUUUGGUGCUAUUAAACCAGUCAGCCAUAUUGAAAGAGUGUUUGAAGCAAAGAAAGCUGGAAAGAAACUUGUUGCAAUGAUUGCACCAGCUACUCGUGUUGGUAUUGCUGAAGCUAUGGGACUUCCAAUUGGAACAUCUGCUAUGGCACAAUUAGUUCAUUGUUUAAGACUUGUUGGAUUUGAUUAUGUCUUUGAUAUUAAUUCAGCUGCAGAUAAAACUACAAUGGACGAUCUUGCUGAAGUUGUUGAAAUGAAGAAAGAAGGAAAAGGACCUGCUAUUACUUCAUGUUGCCCAGGAUGGUUAGAAUAUUUAGAAAAGAAAUAUCCAGACUUAAUUCCAAGAGUUUCUACUGCCAGAUCACCAAUUGCUUGUCUUGCUGGAUGUAUUAAGAAUGCAUGGUGUAAAGACAUGAAAAUUCCAAAAGAAGACAUUUACACAGUUGGAAUUAUGCCAUGUAUUGCUAAAAAGGUAGAAUCACAAAGACCUAAUCUUCAUCAAGACUAUGAUGCUGCUUUAACUACCAAUGAAAUUGCUACAUACUUCAAAGCACAUCUUCCAGCUGAAGAAUGUAAGUUUACUCAAGAAAGAGAAGACACUCUUUCUAAAACUGAAGAUGGACAAUGUGAUUUACCAUUCAGAAGAAUUUCUGGAGGAACAAAUAUUUUUGCAAAGACUGCUGGUGUUGCUGAAACAGUCUUAAGAGUAUUGGUUAAACAAGCUGGACUUCAAUGGGACCCAUCUAAAAUUCAAGCUGAAGUUAUGUUUAAAGAUAAUGCUUCAGGUUCUGCUAUGACUAAAUUAACAAUUGAUAUUGCAGGUACUCCAAUUGUUGGAGUAAUUUGUCAUGGAGGACAUGCUAUUACUAAGGCAUGUGAUAUGAUGAGAGCUGGAGAACUUAAAUGUGAUGUAGUUGAAAUGAUGGCAUGUGUUAAUGGAUGUCAAUGUGGAGCUGGACAACCAAAAAUUCCACCUGCUAAGAAAGCUGAUUUUGUUAAAAGAACUGCUGAACUUGAUAGACUUGAUGAUAAUACUGAUAUUAAGGCAGCUUGUGAAAAUACUGAUGUUCUUGCAUGGAUUGACUCACACUUUGAUAGUCACGAGCAACAUGAAUAUCUUCAUACAACUUAUCAUGCUAGAUAUCCACAAGCCUAA